AUGACACGCUGGUUUUAUGAGAGUAGAGAGUUAAGUGCAAAGCAAAAAGAUCCUUUAAUUGUUGAGGUGGAGAAUAAGAUUUCAAGAAGAAUAGAGAAAGGUAAAUUCAUGAACGGUUAUCCGAUGAGCAGAUCCAUGUUGCAGGUUAAAGGUAAUGGAGUAGACUACAUUGUUGACUUAGAAAGAAGGACUUGUUCAUGUGGAAAGUUCAGCAUCCAAAAAAUCCCUUGUAGACAUGCUAUAAAAGCAGCUUUUGAUAUAGGCAGGGAUCUAUAUCCUUAUGUUGAUGAUGUGUAUACCACUACCGCAUGGAGAUCGCAAUAUGAGGACACUAUUAAUCCAAUAGGUGUUCCUGAAGAAGAAUGA